GUUCUAUUGACUCUCUUGGUUCCAUCACCUUUUGCAAUAUUCUAUAAUCCUCACCAAUUCUGCUAUUCUUACUGGGUUCGAAGCUCGUUUUAAACUUCUCCUUCUAGUUUUGCUCGCAUUAAAACUUAUUUCUACCUGGUUUCAAUUCAAUUAAAAUCCAUAUAUAUAUUUAUCAAUAUUAAUUUGAUUAUCAAACAAAUUUUACUAUUAAAAUUACUAAUAAAACACUAACAAAACACUAACAAAACACUAACAAAACACUAACAAAACACUACUAAAAUCACUAUUAAAUUGCUAAUAAAUUUACUAACAAAAUUGAGCCUUUUAAUUAUGUCCAAAUCGAAAAAUCCUAUCGAAAAUAAAAAUAAAAAUCAAAAUCAUAUUAAUAAUACUAUUAACAACAAUAAAAAAAACAUUAAAAACAACGACUUUGAUAAUAAUAAUGAAAAUGAUAAUGACAAUCACAUUGACAACAAUAAUGAUAAUGAUAAUGAUAAAACAUUACCUGCUUCCAAUUCAUUUCCACUUCCAAUUCCAAACUCAAAUUCAAACUCAAAUCAUCCCUCUUCUUCUACCUCUUCUUCCUCAAAUUUAACCAUAAAUCUAAACUCCUCCUUCAACCAUCUUAAUCUAAACCAUCCCAAAAUCUCUUCCAACAACACAACCACUACCACUAAUGAUAACGACUCCCCCCCUAGAUUCUCAACCCCCACAACUGAAAUAACUCCUACAAACUCAUCUGUCAUCCUAACCAUUGAAUCAAAUACCAUAGAUGACCAACACGACUUAGAAAUUAAAGAUAUAUUGAAAAGAUUUAACCCAAUCUACUACAUUGACAAUAAUAACGAUAAUAAUAACGAUAAUAAUAACGAUAAUAAUAACAACAAUAAUAACAACGACAAUAACGACAAUAACGAUAAUAACAAUAAUAACGAUAAUAAUGAUAACAACGACAAUAAUGAUAACGCUAAUAAUGAUAACAAAGAUAUCUAUGAAAAUACAUACAACGAUAACAAAAUCAUCAACAAAAUCAUCUCAAAUGAAAACCCCCCCUUUGACUUGAACUACGAUAAACACUCAAUCUAUUCAAACGACAUUAUCGACCCCUAUAUAAUCCCCUCCCCUACAAAAAACACAACCAAUGAACCUCAAAAACUAUCAAGAAAAAUAUCAAAAAUCAAAUUCUUCAACCAAGAUGACGCUGAAUCCGCUGAAGAACAAAUUCAAAAACUCAUAAAAUCAAAAAACUCUGACGACGACUUUAAAAUAACUCUCGACUACGAAACUGCUUCUCACCCAGGUAAUAUCUACAUCAAAAACCUCCCUCUAAACUUUACUAAAUUCGACCUUGACGACUUAUGUAGCCCCUUUGGCUCAAUCCUCUCCUGUAAAAUCAUGAAGGACGACAAGGGCAUCAGCAAAAAAUUCGGCUUUGUCAACUUCUCAAGUGGAAAGGCUGCAAAGGAUGCAAUAGCAAACCUCACAAACAAAAUCCUAGAUCCUUCAACCAACGAAAGACUAUACCUAAACCAUCACAUCUCAAAAAAGGAAAGACAAUUGAAAUACCAAGUUGAAAAAAAAAACUUCAAAAAUUUAUACAUCAAAAACUUGCCUGAAAACAAAACUGAACAUGAAAUUAUCAAAAUCUUCUCCAAAUUUGGCCCAAUUAAAUCAGUUCAUCUUCCAACCAUCGAAAAUAACCACUUCUUAAAAGGCUUUGGCUUUAUAAAGUUCGAAUCCCACCAAGAUGCUGUUAAUGCUCUACACAACUUGAACAACUCUGUAAUAGAUGGCUCCACUAUUUCUGUCUCAAGAGCCCAAAGCCGUGAAGAAAGAAACUCGAAGCUUCAAAGCCCAAUCUCAAUUCAAAAUUUAGACGACCCACUAUCUAUAUCCUCAAAUGACCCCUUCAAUAACAAUAUCACAAAUACUCCAACUCCCAAUAAGAACAACAACACCACCACCACCACUCAUUCUCAAAUUCUAGUCGAUAACUCUUUUGUUCCAAGAUCUAAUAAUGUCAUUUUUAACCCAUUAGCUAAUCUUCAAAACCAAAGAUUUAUUUCAAAUCAACAAAUCCAUCCUCAGUUCGCUCUUCCAAUUUUCAAACCUAUUGAAUCGGAAUACCAAUUAAAUAAUUUGUAUAUCAAAAAUUUGCCUCUAUCUAUCGAUGACCAAAAAUUAUCUCAACUAUUCGAACCAUUUGGUGAAAUCGUAUCUGCAAAAAUUAUGACUGAAGAUGACGGUUCAAGUAAAGGUUAUGGUUUUGUUUGCUUUAAAAGUAGAGAAAGUGCCUAUCUAGCUUUAAAUGAAAUGGAUAAAGCUUCUGUCGAAAGUUCGAAAAUCCAUGUUUCUUUUGCUCAACGUCGUAGAUCUUCUCUCGGAAUUAGAGAUAACGAAAUGGCUAGAAGAGAUAGUGUUAGCAGUGUUACAAGCUCAAUCACUGGAAACUCAAAUUCUUUUCAAUCUUUUUAUCCUCCCAUUUACUACCCACUCAAUCCAUAUCCUGCUUCAUACCCUCCACCACCAUUAGAACAAGAGCCUUCUUCUUCUCCCUCUUCUAUUAUCAUGAAUCCUCCUAAUGACCUGCCACAAACUCCCCAGGUUCCAAUUAAUUUUCCAUCUGCUCCUGGUCCACCUCUUCUUCCACCUCAAACUUAUUCGCGUUCAAACAGCUAUUCUGUUCCAUAUCCCAAUAUCCCGCCAAAUGCAAUCCCAAUUGCUUUACCAUAUAGCCACUUUCCCUAUAAUUCAAUGGGAAUGCAAGUCUUACCUCCAAACCCUCCAAGGUUUACUAAUAAUAACAAUAACAAUAAUGACAAUAAUAACAAUAACAACAACAGCAAUAAUAAUAAUAAUAAUCGUGGCAACUCAAUUCAUGGUAACCAACCUCAUGGAAACACAAAUAGAAGACCCAGUCACAAACGGAGAAGUUAUGAUUUUUCUCCUGGAAACGUAACUUUUCAACAACAAACCCCUCGUUUUAAUAUGAUUGUUCAACCAAAUAUGCCUGACUUAAGAUUUUCUUCAGGCUUAAAUCAUAUUAAUAUCGAUUUUGCAAAAUUAUCAGACAUAAUUGCCAAUUCACAAAGUCAGAUUGAAAGAACAAACACAAUUAUUGAUUUUAUUAACUCCAGUUUUAAUUCAUUACUAUACCUGUCUAUGAAUGAUAUUACAAGAUACCCUGAAACAUUUAUUAGAGAUAAUUUGGUUGAGUUAUUGAAUGAACUAAGAAGAGAUUACUCUUCUGUCGCAGAUCACAAAGAUAUUUUAAAUUUGGAAGAAUUAGAAAAGGAUGUCGACAUGAAUAUAAUCGGUGAUUGGGGACAAAAUAUUCAAAUAUUAUAUAGUCAGUUUGAACAUCUUAUCUUGAGAAAUUUUUCAGUGAACUAACUGGCAAAUUAGUUUUUGGUCUUAAACAAAACAAUAACAGUUGUUUUAUUUUUUCUUUCUUUUUUUUUUAUCGUAUCCAUAUUCUU